AUGGGGGACAAUAAACAAGCUGAUACUCAACUCGUCUCCAAAAACACACCUGAACACACAGUGGACUUACAGGUCGCGCCGUGUGAUGGUUCGGAGACUGAUUCGGACUGCGAACAUAAAUUUGUUUUCCCUCUGCGACACGAGCUCCCUCCGCAUGACUACCUUCGGUUUAUUCUGACAGUUUGGUAUUCCCCGGAGACUAGCAGUUCUAUCGCAGACAUGAUGACGCGGGUAUACAACGAAGCUCAACUCAAAGUUCUCCUCACCAGUCCCAUGGAUGUGGUUCUCAUGAAGUCCCGCAAAUUCUUUCUGGAACUUAAUAUAUGA